CACCACCUCUCCUGAUUUCUUCUCUGCUGCACUUGGCGAUCAUAUCGGCCGGCAGGGAACGAAAAUGCCAACGGGAUGAAGGGACCUUAGGCCUUGUAUAUACAAAAUGUAAAACGUCUACGAUUUCAUCGACGUGCAGUUUGCUUCUCGAUGAUUGCAGAGAUAUGAGCUCAAUCCGUGUGUUUUAUCCACCGCCGUCUCGAGGCUCGGGAAAAUGUACCUGACUAUUCUUGAUCGCAGUUUUUUCGCUAACAAAAGAAGACAUCCGAAAAAACACUAAAAGAGCACGACAGAAGGAUCGGUCCAGGUGCCCCCACCUAAUGGAGAAGGUUGGCAAGGUGUGGAGCAACCUGAAGAGGGGAUGUCAAUCUCUGAUCCACUCAGAGGGGGGUACCCGUGUUGAAUCACCACCACAGCUUCAACCACAAGCAGACACGAUAUGCCACAAUGUGGAAAAGGCCCAGGGAGACGGCACACUGGAGGCACCUAGUCCCUCCGGCAGUGUUGCAGCACUCCCUCUUGUGGCAUGGAGGACCAGUGGAAGUGUGGCACGACAGGGCCAUAACUGUGUAGCAGAUAUGCCCCAGAUACUAGAGAUCACAGUUGAGCAGGACACUGAUGAUGCUCGUGCCCCCCUGGGAUCCCGCAGGGACUCUUACUCACGUCAUGCACCGUGGAGCGGAAAGAAGAGACACUCGUGCUCCACUAAAGCUCAGGGUUUGCUGGAGACCACAGAUCGGCGAUCGGGACGAUCUCGGCGCAGGCAUGGGAUUGGUAGCAGUCAGAAAGAGCUGGAGCCGGGGGCAACACGCUCACUACGCCAGCAAAUUCAUGACACAGUGGGCCUGUGCCUCCCAUUGCGCUCAUCCUCUCAAAGCACCCACCUUCCACCACCCAAACGUAAGAUCCAAAUCACUGAGCUCAUGCUGGAGACAUGCCCCUUCGCACCGGGAUCAGACCUUGCCCGAAAAUGGCAUCUUAUUAAACAGCACACAGCACCAGUCACAUUGAUGCCAGCAGAGUCAUUCUCAGAUGCCUGUGGCGCUAGUUGUGCAGCACCAGAAGAUGAGGAGGAACGUUUGAGAGAAAGAAGGCGACUAAGCAUUGAGGAGGGUGUGGACCCACCCCCAGAUGCCCAGAUCCACACUGUGGAGGCCAUCACGGCCCCUCUAGCUUCUCUUUAUAAGCUGGGACCUAAGCUGGCCCAUGGAGUGGGUGAGGCCCUAAGUGACAGCCAGGGGGCAAUGGCAGUUAACUGUGACUCUGAGGAUGAUGACACCACCACUCUCUGCUUGCAAGCUCGCAGGCCCAAACAGCGGCAUGCUUCAGCGGAGGGCCAUCUGGGCUGCAAGCAGCCAGGGCCUUGGAAAGUACACACCCAGAUCGACUACAUCCACUGCCUGGUUCCGGAUCUCCUACAGAUCACGGCACUGCCCUGCUACUGGGGUGUUAUGGACCGUUAUGAGGCCGAAGCGCUGCUGGAUGGUCGGCCCGAGGGCACUUUUCUGCUUCGCGACUCUGCUCAAGAAGACUACCUGUUCUCUGUUAGCUUCCGCCGCUACGGCCGUUCGCUGCAUGCACGCAUCGAGCAGUGGAAUCACAACUUCAGCUUUGAUGCACACGACCCCUGCGUGUUCCACGCAGCCACCGUCACCGCACUAUUGGAGCACUACAAGGACCCUAGCGCUUGCAUGUUUUUUGAGCCGCUGCUCACCGUGCCUCUGCACAGGACCUUCCCUUUCGGUCUGCAAAGCCUGGCCCGAGCCGCCAUUUGCCAGGGGAUCACCUACGAUGGCAUCAGGGCACUGCCACUGCCCCCUGCUCUGCAGGACUACCUCACGGAGUAUCAUUAUAAGCAGAGGGUGCGCGUACGCUGGCUUGAGAGGGAGCCAAUCAAGGCCAAGUGAAGCAUGGCAGCGUACUUCCUAACUCUCUAACAGGAGUAGUCCAUUCAGCACUUUGCAGAGGUGGAGGAAUUCAUUUUUUUUGGCAAGGAAGGGUUUUGAUGUUUGAGGAUGGAGGUAUGGAAGGAGGGACCUGAAACUGAACACAAUAUAUAAGCUUCUAUUUAGUGGUCGACCGAUAUAUUGCAGAGGCCAAUAAAUCAGCCGAUAUUCUGACUUUUUUUUAAUUAUUGGCAUCGGGCGAUAAAUGUUCCCAUUUGGCCAAUUUUUAUUUUUUUUCUUGAGGGCACCGAAAAUCACCUGCUUGCAUGUGAAGCGACUGAGACAUGUAAACGACCAGUCACGGUUCGUUUUAUUAUUACGUGCCAUCGUGUUACUACAAUAAUAGACCGGUAUGCAACACAGUCUCAUUUAAACGAUCCGCAAAUCAGAGCCACGGCAGACGCGCUUGAGCUUACAUUGUUAAAGUGCUCAUCUGUUUCAUUCUCCCUCUCCUCAACAGUUCCCUGUAACUUUAACUGUCUUGUCUCUGAUCUCGUUUAAACAGAUGUAAUAAACCAACCUGACACAAGAUCCAGCAUCCUGUGGAGCACACAUAAAUCUUCCUAUGAAGCACGUAUUCUAACAAUCUAUCCUCAACAGUUCCCUGUAACUUUUAUAAUGAUAAAAGGCAAAUAUCAAUAAAGCUUGUAUUAUAUACUGUUUGAAAAUAUGCAGAUAUCUUGUACAACAUUCAUGAUCCUCAUGAAAAUCCAGCGUUUUCUUUUCAACGAGCGCUCAUCUAAUAUCUUCCUCUGAAGCGCGUAUUCCAUCAGCCAGAAUCAAAAACUUCAGGAUCAAAGGUUCGUCUCAUUCACAAAUUAUGACAGUCACUCUGUGACAAUCCAAGUAGGCGAUCCAGGCUGUUUAAACUGUCAGGAGAUUGAGUGUCGUGCUGGAUCUGCAUGAGCACAUGAGUGCAACUUCAAGGCUGCGUCCGAAACCAGGAAAAUGCUGCCUCUGGAGGCUGUGUAUGUAUGUGUGUAAGGUGCUUUUCCAACUGUUCGGAGUCCAGUUUCCUUAAGAGAUCCAUUCAUUCAAAACAGAUGUCAGUUAAGCCAUUAACUGAUUAGGCAGCAAGAUAGCAAGUCAGCUGCCUACGUUUUCGGAUGCAGCCCAAGGUAAAAGUGCGUCGCGUGUGCUAUAAGUAAAUGUCUUAUUCACUAUGCACUGUAUGUACAAUUGGUUUGAUUCAAUAUUUUUUAAGUAAAUGCGAUUUGCUAAUGUGGACAUGCCACCCAUGGUUGCUGCACUACUGUGUGUACUGAUAUUUCCUUCUUCCUAAUAUAUUAACAAUUUCUUCAUGUGCAAACAAAUUACUAAAAUUUGAUGACUAAGCAGAAAUCUGAAGAAUCUGCUAUCUACCAUUUAAAAUUAUUUUUUAGUUUUGUGUGAAAUUUAGUAAAUAUAGUGCUAAAUAAGAGUUUAUUAUUAUUAUUUUAGCAAAUUACUAUAUUAAAUGGUGUGAUAUAUCAGCAUUGUAUCAGCCUAUUGGACACCCUGCUCUCUGGAUAUCGGCAUCGGCCAUUAAAAAACACGUAUCAGUCGACCACUACUUAAUUGUUUUUUUUUUUUGUUAUCACUCUAACAAAGAAAUGCAUAUACAGUUCAAAGUGGCUCUCCAGUGUGCACAUUUCACUACAGCUUCUGGACUAGGCUGAUGCAGCAGAGGUCUUAAUGCUAGGGUAUACUUAGUUUUUCUGGUUGUAAUUACAUCUUUUGCACAGUUGAGUGCUAUAGCCUUGCAAAUUAUACUUUUUGACAACGACUAUUUGACUCUGUACAGAUGCGUUCAACGCAUGCGCACUACAACUGAUACUCUAAGACAGCCAACGCCAGGGGCAUGUGGAGAUGGCACGCACAGACAUGGACUGUCCACGUGUCUAGAACAACCUGCCUACAUGCGCACAGUAUGAACGUACUGUUGACGAAAUUUGCGCUACAUGCACUGUGCGCGAGAUGAAGCACGUGGAAAACUGAGGUAAACUUUGGCCUUUAGUCUCACUUUCCCUCCUCCCUCAGUUCCCAUGGCCUUACUCAAAGGAAACAAGAGGGCUGCACUUCUACAAGAUGUUUUCAUGCCCCUUUCAAACAUUCUUUAACUGCUUGGCUAUGUGGUUUCACCUUGUUAUUUCAGUUGUGCUGCCAAUUCACUUCCCUGUCUGCCCUUAAUUCCCUUGCAUUUAAAUUGCAUUGUUAAUUAUUUUUGUCAAUGUAAUAUUGUUGACAUAUUUUGAUGGGAGGGGCUUUUUUCUAGCUUCUUACAUCAUCCUUAGCUUUCAUGGUGCUCUGUCAGAGGUUCCCAUGGUAACAUUCUGUGCUCAUUCCAUGGUUAGAGAAGGCAUUCUAGAGUAGGAAAUAAAAAAGUGUUUUGUCCUGCUCAUAAAGAACAAGGCAGAAAAAUACAUGAAAGAUGGAUUGACUUGCAGUGGAGAGAAGGGCUGUUUGAUGUUCUGCUUCCUUAACACUUCCGGAAAGUGAUAAGGACGAUGAUGCACAACCCAUCAAAAAACUUGGUUUUGGUUUUCAAAAAUCAUAGUUACUCACUUUCUGCAUUCUGUUUUUGUCUAAAUGUUUUGUAAUCAUUAAUUCCUACCACUAAUUGCACAGGGGGGGGGUAUCGUUUUUUUUUUUCUUUUUUUUUUUUAUUGUUGUGAAUGGUCUGUCAGUGCCAUGGAAAUUGGGCACUGAUUAAGAGCACUUUAACUUUAAUGUGCUUAUGUUAGUGGAAGCAACAGAGGCAAUACAUAAAACCUGCUACACUGGGACCAUUGUUAUUAGAUAAACACUCUCCUUUAUAAAAAACAAAAAAAUGCUCACUUUGUCUAAGCCACAUUUGCUCUUGAGAGGACAGAGUAUUUUAUGACCCCCAUCAGUGCCAUUGGAUUAGGUCAUGCUGGCUUGUUGUGGGAGGCCUGCUUGAUUCUGGAAUGAUUUUAGUAGUUAAUAGUACUGGAUCAGUUCAGAGACAGUAAAACCCAGCAAUUAGUUGAAUUCAUUGACUAAAAUCAAGAGAUUUGAUAGUGAGAGAGGAAAAGACCCUAUGUAUAAUAUUAUUAGACACAUGUGUAAUUCUUGUGCUGUUUUCUCCUCCGUUUUGUCCCAGCAUCCACACCGUGUAAAAAGACCCAGUCACUAAAUUCACUCAAAAAUAAAAAUCAUGUCAUCAUUUACUUAAUGUGCAUGUCAUUUUACACUCAUAUAACCAUUCACUUUCAUUGUAUGGAAAAACAUGCAAUGGAAGUGAAUGGGGACUAAGGCUUUUAGUCCUUAGCAAUACUGCAGAACAUGUCCUUUUGUGUUCCACUGAAGAAAGUUACUCAUAUGGGUUUGGAAUGACAUGAGGGUGAAUAAAUGUUUUGGGUGAAAUAUCCCUUUAAACAAUGUGCCUAAGCUUUUAGUUCAUCAUAUGGUGCAUAGAGUAGACAUGUUACUAACAGUAGUCCAAUUGGAAAAGACCAAGUUUCCAUGUUCCAGCGACUGUCUGCACCGAGAGUCAAUGGCACCAUGAGAGAGACAAAGUCAUCCUCUUCAUGGGCCUGGUGCUAAUGAUGUAAUGUGAGUACUAGUAGUGAUAUGGCUAAUAAUUCCCAAACCUUUCUGACUUUACCGUCUUGUUUUUAUUGGAUGAGACUGAGCAGUUACAAUUGUCAAAUGCUAACAUUAGGCUAAUCUCAGACUCACAACACCCAAACAGCAGUGUGGUACAGUGCAACUAUAACCAGCUUUGUGUGCACGCGUGCGUGCGUGUGUGUGUGUGUGUGUGAGAGAGAGAGUUGCUCUGCCCCUGUCCUCCCUGUCAGCUGUAAGAGACUUCUGCUGACCUGAAAAGUUCUGUUUUAUCUGCUCCUCCCAGGCAACACAAUCCACAGUUGAUCCUGAUGCAUUUAAAGUUGUCUUCCUGCAUGUCCUAUUGAGUCUUCUUUUUGUCCUUGCACAAGAGAGGAUGUCAGGGACAGGAGGAGGGUCUUUGUAUUCUCACUCCCUCUUUCUGCAUAGUGUGGGUGAAAUUAGUGCAACUUAAAACCGCUGCUGGGAUGGUGGUAGUGAAGCAGUUUGACAUGGCAUCAGAUGGAUCUGAUUUUGAAGGGGCCAGUUGUCCUUUUUGCUGCUUUUCUGUAAAAGUGUGUCAUUCUUGGCUUAGCUCUAGACACUCUUCAGUGCACUAACCCAUUAAACUUAAUGUGUACCUAUAUACCUAGGUGUUACCUAUAUUGGGGAAUUCUCACGAAACCUGAAAAGAAGAUGUCCUUGUCGUAUUUUACUCUAAAAUCAAAUAGAAAUUAAAUAGAAAAUGAAUGCCUAUUUUGGGGACAUCAAGAUUUUUUACAUUUUUUGCAUUAUUUUCUUGACCGCUACAUACUUUUUUUACCCCCAAAUUCAUAGUAGUACUCCCUUGGUACAGAUUUAAAUUUUUGCAGAUUAUAAUUUUUUUUUUUUAAAUCACAGAGGAAUGAGAAUCAUUCUAAGGGUGAGCAAAUGUAGAGUGAGAAUUAUAAUUCCUUUGUGUCCUGGAAAUAAUGUCACAAUGCAAAAAAGAAUGUUAAUGGUCCUAAAUGUAGACUUUGUUUUCUUUACGCAAAAUAUGCUAAUUUGGGAUUAAAUAUAACCAUGAUAUUUUUUUGAUGGGUUUCAUGAAAAUUGCCCGUUUUCAUCAGGGCUGGAACUUUUGCUUAGAGAAGGGAAAUGUGGUGCCUAUUCUCUCUCCUUUUCCCUAGUUUUACUUAAGUAAUGGAUUAAAAGUAUAUACAGAUAUUUUAAAAUUAAAUAUUUUUAAUAUUAAUAAUUGUGAAGAAAUGCAAUAAUGUCCUUGGGCUUAGCUACAUAUAAGGAUGACCCAUGUGAAGAACCUUGCCUGAGAGGAAGGUUUCAUUUGAAACUGUAAACAGGGGAGGAGGAUCAUUCAUGUUCACAUCAUGGAUUUGGUGCAAUGUGUCAUAAAGGUUUAUGAGAUAAACUAUGGAUUAAUGUUACCAAAGAUUCUGGUUUUCACUGUCAUCAAUUGAGAAUGGAGAAUAUGUUUCAAUAUAAUUGCAUUCAGAUGUCAUCCAUGCAAAGUUACUGCAAAAAAUUAUCAAGAAUUGCAAAGUCAAAAAGGGGCCUAGUUUUAGACCUAAGGUGCUAAUUGGCUUACUGUAUGGAUUUGGUCAUUAACAUUUACAAGUGCCUUUUUUAGAACCCUCUCCUCAAAUAACCUAACUAGUGGUCCCCAGUCUAGUUAAAAAGAUAGUUCACCCAAAAUUUUUUAUUCUGUCAUCAUUUAAUCGCCCUCAUGUUGUUCCAAACCUGUAUGACUAUUUUAUGGUACAGUUGUGCUCAAAAGUUUGCAUACCCUGGCAGAAAUUGUGACAUUUUGGCAUUGAUUUUGAAAAUAUGACUGAUCAUGCAAAAAAACCACAGCCACAACUGCCAGAAGAAUUGUUCG